GGUAGUACUGUUCAUCGAUGAGUCCGACGGACCUGCUGUGAUUUCGUCGUGCCAUAUUGCAAAAAAAUACAAAUCAAUAUUAAAUUAAACAUGUGAGAGUUAUAAAUUACUUGUAAAAUGCAAAAUCGCGUGAAAUGUGUAGCUUUUUCAUCUUUGCCACAUUCUAAAAGUAAUUAUCGGAUAUGACAGCGAAUAGUGUAUAUAUUCGAAUCUUCCUUUGAAUGUUGCAAACUCUGUAGCAAGCAAUUAAUGUAGCUUCUGUAAGGUUUCAUGAAUAAUUCGAAGCAAAUGAUGCUUUGUUAAUUAGAGUUACUGAUCGAUAUCGACAAAAAAGGUUUCUCAAUAUUAAUUUAACUAAUUCAAUAACAACAAACCUCGCCUCGUCAGAAUGGAGGCACCUGCUAAAAUUCCUCUUCCGUUAGAACCUAUAAAGUCAAACCAAGUCGAAGACAGGCGCUUAUGGGUGGGUAAUUUAGAUUUGAGAAUUAAUGAGUACCAACUCCUGAAACUUGUCCAAAAAUAUGGCACAAUCGAAAAGUUCGACCUACUGUUUCAUCGGUCGGGACCUCAAGCUGGUCAACCAAGAGGAUAUGCAUUUGUUACCUAUAAAACAAUACAAGAUGCCAAAACAGCAAAAGAGACUUUACAUAACUUGAAAGUUGGAGCUAAGAAUAUUAUUGUCAGAUGGGCACAUAGUGUUAGUGAGUCUGAAAUGGAUAAGCCAAAACCAAAAAUAGAUAUUCCUGCCUUAGCUGGUGCAAAAAAGGAAGACAAAAAGAUAAGUCGUGAAACAAAAAUUCAAGCAAUUCAAGCAAAACUCAAACUGAUGAAAGAGUCAGAAGAGGAGUUUGAGUUGAAUAAACCAUUGGAGGGCUCGCCAAUUAUGCAUCUCUAUCAGAGAGCUGAAAAUCAAAAACCGUCCACUUCUACACGUUAUCAUAGUCGUGGUAGUUAUUACCAUAAUAACAAACCAUAUAAUCGUCAUAAAUCAAGAAGAUAAUUACUAUCAUUUAUAUAUUCAUAUUUCUUUUAUUUAAUAAUCCAUUAUUACAUUUGUUUCUCUCGUGAUCAUGAUAUUUAUAUUCAUAUAAUAAUCUAUAUUUAAUAUGUAUAUUGUUCAUCAAAGGUUCUGUUUUGUCAUAUCAGAGGAUUUUGUAUAUUUGUAAAAAUAUUUUAUUCUUCAGAAAAUACGAAAUACGAUUCCUAAAUUGCGGAUAGAGCAAAUGCAAAUUGAUUCCUACGUAAAUGUAUGAAACAUACUAAAGCUACAAAUAUUUUAAGUCAUCAAUGAUAUAAUGCUCGAUAUAUGUAAAUUGAUGUGUGAGUGUAUUUUCAUAAUGUAUGGGUCUUUUUCUAUAAUGAACGCACAUGUGACAA